AUGGCUUUCUUGUGUCCAGUGAGAAUUAGAAGGGGUAAGAAGAAGAAAUCAAAUAGUGGUGACUCAGAUAAAGAAUUGUCCAGGCCAGGUUCAGGGCUUAGUCCUGGUAUGGGUAGGAUAACAGGAUCGGCAAGUAUUGAAACGCUAGUGAGAGUUGGUAUUGAGAAAGAACAUGGCCUUAGUCCAGAUUCCAAAAUGGUUGUGCUACAUGAUUUUGCACCUUGUGUUGAUGAUGAACUAGAGGUAAAACGUGGCCAAAUAGUAAAUGUAUUAUAUCGAGAAAAUGACUGGGUGUAUGUAAUAGUAGCAGAAUCUCGGCGUGAGGGAUUCAUACCACACUCAUAUUGUGCGCCUUGUGAGCAUCACGAUUUAAAGAAAAAACUACCAAGGAGUCGAUCGCCCACUGAUUUAGCACGUAGAGAUGUAUCACAAUUAUCUUUAUCAGACGGUGCUACAAACGACGGGCACUCAGAGCUAGGCAGUGAAGGUGAAGCGUGUCCGUUCAGCAAAGACCCGUCCGGGCGCUACGUAGUGUUGUACACAUUCACUGCGCGGGACGAGAACGAUGUUGACGUCGAGAGAGGGGAGUUUGUUACAGUUUUAAAUAGAGAAGAUCCAGACUGGUAUUGGAUUGUAAGGAGUGAUGGUCAAGAGGGCUUCAUACCUUCAGGCUUCGUUUAUCCCGCGGUAGUCCAAGCAACCCAACAAGAAAAUGCACAACCAGUCCAUUCGCCACCGACAACAAACGCCAAUAACACAAUGUUGUCGACCAACAACACCACUCUGAACACUACAUCACAACAGGACCCCGAAGGACGCUACCAUGGAACUGAGCUAGUCAUGCUUUACGACUAUAAGGCGCAAGCACCAGACGAUUUAUCUGUAAAACGCGGAGAAUGGGUCUAUGCAGAUCUGACACAGCAAACAGUUGAGGGUUGGCUGUGGGCACACGCCCCUAAAUCGCGACGUUCCGGAUUCAUUCCCACCGCAUACGCCCGAGCGCCACACACUACGUCCCUUUGA